CAGCGCCCGCCCUUCCGCGUUCGGAGUGCAGGACCCUGCGGAGGGGUAAGAGCGCCCCCGCCCUCUGCUCCCCGGUCCCCAGCCCACCCCGCCGUGUCAGCCUAAGCAGCUCUCCCUCGCGCAUCCCAACCCGGCCGAUCUGGCACCCCUGAAGCUGACGCGAGGAGGGCCGUGGCCGACCUCAAUCCCGUGUUGCCCCCAGGCAGCCAGGAGGGGAUGGCCCCGGGGAGCAGGGGACGGGAAGUUGCUCUUACCUCCGAGGUCGAGGGCUGGUCCCCGCCCCCAAGUCCUGACAUGUUGGAGCUGCUCCAGAGCGUGGAAAGGGACCUGAAUAUCGAUGUCCGGCAACUGGCUCCAGCCCCCGGGGGCAACCACGUGGUGGCCCUAGUGCCCGCGCGCUGGCUGGCCAGCCUCCGCGAGCGCCGGCCCCCGGGACCCUGCCCCCGGGCCGAGGGCCUGAGCGAAGCGGAAGUCAGGACUCUUCUGCAACGAUCAGUGCAGCGGCUGCCUCCAGGCUGGACGCGAGUAGAGGUGCAUGGGCUGCGGAAACGGAGGCUGUCCUACCCGCUGAGCGGCGGCCUGCCCUUUGAGGAGGGGUCCUGCAGCCCUGAGACCCUCAAUCGCUUCAUGAAGGACGUGGCUGCCCAGAAUUAUCGCAAUCUGUGGCGGCAUGCAUAUCAUACUUAUGGGGAACCCUAUAGUCACAGCCCUGCUCCCUCAGCUGUGCCUGCCCUGGACUCAAUAAGACAAGCUCUACAGAGGGUCUAUGGUUGCUCCUUCAUGCCAGUGGGUGACACUACCCAUUGCCCAUCAUAUGCCAGAGAUGGCCCCUGCCCUUCUCGGGGCACCCCAGCCUGUCCCAGUCUUUUGAGAGCUGAGGCCCUGCUGGAGUCGCUGGAUAUGCUGUAUGUGGUGCACCCUUAUGUGCAGUUCACCCUGCAUGAUGUAGUCACUUUCAGCCCUGCCAAGCUGACCAACAGCCAAGCCAAGGUGCUCUUCAUUCUUUUCCGUGUGUUAAGGGCCAUGGAUGCCUGUCACCACCAUGGAUUGGCCUGUGGGGCCUUAUCUUUGCACCAUAUCGCUGUGGAUGAGAAACUUUGCAGCGAGCUCCGGCUGGACUUGAGUGCCUAUGAGAAAGUGGAGGAGGAUGAGAAUGAGGAGACUCCUGUAUCAAGGGGGGGCCGGACAGGCACUGAUUGUAAAGAGGACGGAGGAGGAGGAGGACCUGAGUGUCCUACCUGCCAGGAGGAACUUAGGGGCCUUGUGCUAGACUGGGUCCAUGGCCGCAUCAGCAACUUCCACUACCUCAUGCACCUGAAUCGGUUGGCAGGUCGGCGGCAGGGGGAUCCCAACUACCACCCAGUGUUGCCCUGGGUGGUGGACUUCACCAUACCCCACGGGCGCUUCCGAGACCUGCGCAAGUCCAAGUUCCGCCUCAACAAGGGGGAUAAGCAACUGGACUUCACAUAUGAGAUGACGCGGCAGGCGUUUGUAGCAGGUGGUGCAGGUGGCGGGGAGCCACCUCAUGUUCCUCAUCACAUCUCAGAUGUGCUCUCUGACAUCACAUACUAUGUGUACAAGGCUCGGCGCACACCCCGGUCAGUGCUUUGUGGACAUGUUCGGGCCCAGUGGGAGCCCCAUGAGUACCCUGCCAGCAUGGAGCGUAUGCAGAGCUGGACACCCGACGAGUGUAUCCCUGAAUUUUACACUGAUCCCUCUAUCUUCUGCUCCAUUCACCCUGACAUGCCUGACCUGGAUGUGCCAGCCUGGUGUGGCUCCAGCCAGGAGUUUGUGGCUGCCCACCAGGUGCUGCUGGAGAGCCGUGAGGUGUCCCAGGACCUGCACCACUGGAUCGACCUCACUUUUGGCUAUAAACUCCAGGGCAAGGAAGCUGUAAAGGAGAAGAAUGUGUGUCUGCACCUGGUGGACGCCCACACACACCUGGCCAACUAUGGCGUGGUGCAGCUCUUCGAUCAGCCACACCCCCAGCGCCUGGCUGGGACUGCCGCCCUUGCUCCCGAGCCCCCACUCAUCCCUAGGCUGUUGUUCCAGACCAUCCAGGAGAGCACAGGCCGAGAGGACUUCCCAGGACAGCUUACGAAUGGGGUGGGCAGACUAGUUUUGGAGGCCACUCCCUGUGAGGCUGGCUGGGCCAGAGACAGGCCUGUGGCAGGGGAAGAUGACUUGGAGCAGGCCACAGAGGCUCUGGAUUCCAUCUCCCUCUCUGGGAAAGCAGGUGACCAGCUGGGUCCCUCCUCCUCCUCCUCCUCUAAUCAAGCUGCCUCAGGCCUCCUGUCUUUUUCAGUGGCCUCAGCCUCCCGACCGGGGCGCAGGAACAAAGCUGCUGGGGCAGACCCUGGAGAAGGUGAGGAAGGGAAGAUCCUUCUUCCGGAGGGCUUCAAUCCCGUACAGGCUCUGGAAGAGCUGGAGAAACUCGGCAACUUUCUGACCAAAGGCUUAGGGGGCCAGUUGGAGGUGCUUGAGCAGCCCCAGGUCCAGCCAGCUGUGCAGCUGCGGGACUUCUUCCAUCGGGACAUGCAGGCGCUGGGUAUCCUGUUGGCUGAGAUGGUGUUUGCCACCAGGGUCCGAACGCUGCAGCCUGAUGUGCCUUUGUGGGUACGCUUCGAGGCUGUUCGGGGGCUCUGCACACGCCAUUCCAAGGAGGUCCCUGUGUCUCUACAGCCCGUGCUGGACAUGCUUCUGCAGCUGAGAGGACCCGAAGGCCCCAUGGUAGCCAGGAGGGACAAGAUGGGCCCACUGUUUGAGUACAGGCCUGUCUCCCAAGGGUUGCCCCCACCCUGCCCGGCCCAGCUCCUCAGCCCCUUCAGCUCCGUGGUUCCCUUCCCGCCAUACUUCCCAGCACUGCACAAGUUCAUCCUCCUCUACCAGGCAAGGCGCGUGGAGGAUGAGGCUCAGGGGCGAGAGCUGGUCUUUGCUCUGUGGCAGCAACUGGGUGCAGUGCUGAGCGACAUCACCCCCGAGGGCCUGGAGAUCCUGCUGCCCUUCGUGCUGUCACUCAUGUCUGAGGAGCACACGGCUGUGUAUACGGCCUGGUACCUGUUUGAACCUGUUGCCAAGGCACUGGGCCCCAAAAAUGCUAAUAAGUACCUUCUGAAGCCUCUCAUUGGUGCCUACGAGAGCCCCUGCAGGCUCCACGGCCGCUUCUACCUGUACACUGACUGCUUUGUGGCCCAGCUUAUAGUGCGGCUGGGCCUGCAAGCCUUCCUCGUCCACCUGCUGCCCCAUGUCCUGCAGGUGCUGGCUGGUGUGGAGGCCUCCCAGGAGGAAAGCAAGGGCCUGGCAGGGGCUGCCGAGGACGAGGAGAGCGAGCUCCCAGGGGCCAGGCCCAGCUCCUGUGCCUUCGGGGAGGAGAUUCAGAUGGAUGGGGAGCCUGCUGCUUCCUCGGGUCUGGGGCUCCCAGAUUAUACAUCUGGCGUCAGCUUCCAUGACCAGGCCGACCUCUCUGAGACAGAGGACUUCCAAGCUGGGCUCUACGUGGCUGAGUCCCCACAGCCCCAGGAGCCUGAGGCUGUGAGCCUGGGCCAGCUGAGUGACAAGAGCAGCACCAGUGAGACCUCCCUGGGGGAGGACCGGGCUGCAGAUGAGGGGGGCGCCCCUAUGGACAAGAGCAGCCUCAGGUCAGGUGACAGCAGCCAGGACCUGAAGCAAAGUGAAGGCGAAGAGGAGGAAGAGGAGGAAGAAGAAGGCUGCGUGGUUUUGGAGGAAGAGGAGGAGCAGGAGGAGGAGGGAGAGCAAGAUGAAGUCACUGGGACAUCUGAGCUCACUCUCUCCAACACGGUGCUGUCCAUGGAUACAGUGGUAGCCGGCAGCGGUGGGACACACGGGGAGGAGGAAGAGGAGCCACUGAACGAGCAGUCAGAGGGCCAAGAGCAGAAGAUCCUUCUUGACACAGCCUGCAAGAUGGUCCGCUGGCUGUCCGCCAAGCUUGGCCCAACGGUGGCCUCUCGCCACGUGGCUCGCAACCUGCUCCGCCUGCUGACGUCAUGUUAUGUGGGGUCCGCUCGGCAGCAGUUCACGGCGAGCAGUGGUGAGAGCCCCCCGCUGAGUGCCGGCAACAUCUAUCAGAAGAGACCGGUCCUGGGUGACAGAGUGUCGGGGCCCGUGCUCAGCUGCCUCCUCCACAUCGCGCAUCUGUACGGGGAGCCCGUCCUCACCUACCAGUACCUGCCCUACAUCAGCUACCUGGUGGCCCCAGGUAGCACGUCCAGCCCCGGCCGACUGAACAGCCGUAAGGAGGCAGGGCUGCUGGCAGCGGUGACUCUGACCCAGAAGAUCAUUGUGUACCUCUCAGACACCACCCUCAUGGACAUCCUGCCCCGUAUCAGCCACGAGGUCUUGCUGCCUGUGCUCAGCUUCCUCACGUCCCUCGUCACAGGGUUCCCAAGUGGAGCCCAGGCCCGGACUGUCCUGUGUAUGAAAACCAUCAGUCUCAUCGCUCUCAUCUGCCUGCGCAUCGGACAGGAGAUGGUCCAGCAGCACCUGAGCGAGCCCGUGGCCACCUUCUUUCAAGUCUUUUCUCAGCUGCAUGAGCUUCGGCACCAGGAUCUGAGGCUGGAUCCCGUGGGCCGCAGUGAGGGCCCGCUGCUGGAGGUGGCCUUCUCUGAUGGGCAGCAGCGGCUGGUGGACCCCACCCUGCUGGAUGAGCUGCAGAAGGUGUUCACCUUGGAGAUGGCAUAUACAAUCUACGUGCCCUUCUCCUGCCUUUUGGGUGACAUCAUCCAGAAAAUCAUCCCUAACCACGAGCUCGUGGGAGAGCUGGCGGGGCUAUAUUUGGAGAGCAUCAGCCCAAACAGCCGCAGCCCUGCCAGUGUGGAGCCCAAUGUGCCCAGCACUGGCCUUGAGUCAGACCCCCAGGGUGGGGGCUGCCCCCAGGAUGACGGCCACUCGGGGACCUUUGGGAGUGUCCUAGUUGGGAACCGCAUCCAGAUCCCCAGUGACUCUCAGCCUGAGAGCCCCGGCCCCCUGGGCCCCAUCUCUGGAGUCAGCAGCGGGGGCCUUGGCCACGAAGGCGAGGAGAAUGCACUGAAGCUGGAGCUGCCUCGGAGUGCGCAUGUGCUGAGCGGGAACUGGCUGGCGUACUGGCAGUACGAGAUCGGUGUGAGCCAGCAGGACGCCCAUUUUCACUUCCACCAGAUCCGCCUGCAGAGCUUCCCGGGCCACUCGGGGGCUGUUAAGUGUGUGGCACCCCUGAGCAGUGAGGACUUCUUCCUGAGUGGCAGCAAGGACCGCACUGUGCGCCUCUGGCCACUCUACAACUCUGGGGAUGGCACCAGUGAGACAGCCCCACGCCUCAUCUAUGCCCAGCACCGCAAGAGUGUCUUUUUUGUGGGCCAGCUUGAGGCCCCACAGUAUGUUGUGAGCUGCGAUGGGGCUGUGCACGUCUGGGACCCCUUCACAGGGAAGACCCUUCGCACGGUGGAGCCGUCGGACAGCCGGGUACCCCUGACCGCUGUGGCCGUCAUGCCCGCUCCCCAUGCCAGCAUCUCCAUGGCCAGCUCGGACUCAACCCUGCGCUUCGUGGACUGCAGGAAGCCUGGCCUGCAGCAUGAGUUCCGCCUGGGUGGCGGGCUGAACCCUGGGCUCGUCCGCUCCCUGGCCGUCAGUCCCAGUGGCCGCAGCGUUGUGGCCGGCUUCUCCUCGGGCUUCAUGGUGCUCCUGGACACCCGUACGGGCCUGGUUCUACGCGGCUGGCCUGCCCAUGAAGGGGACAUCCUGCAGAUCAAGGCCGCGGAGGGCAGCGUCCUGGUCAGCUCCUCCUCUGACCACUCCUUGACCGUCUGGAAGGAGCUGGAGCAGAAGCCCACACACCACUACAAGUCAGCAUCCGACCCCAUUCACACCUUCGACCUGUAUGGCAGCGAGGUUAUCACUGGCACCGUGGCCAACAAGAUCGGGGUGUGCUCCCUGCUUGAGCCGCCCUCCCAGGCCACCACCAAGCUCAGCUCCGAGAACUUCCGUGGCACGCUCACCAGCCUGGCCUUGCUGCCCACCAAACGCCACCUCCUGCUGGGCUCAGACAAUGGGGUCAUUCGCCUCCUGGCAUAGGCUGAGGUGGGAUCCGGCCAGGCCUGGCUACGCAGACAUCCUCUGGGAGUCCAGCCCUCACCCUUGUUUCCCCGGCAACCCUCUCCACGCAGGCCCCAUGCCCGUGUGCCCCAUGGCCUGCCAGCUUCGGCAGAGUGGGAGUCUGGGCUCCUGAACCCCCAGAGCCACCCAGGCUGUCAGUAGGGAUCUCAUUUAUGGCUUGGGGAGACGCUGCUCCUAAUUGGCAGAAAGCAAGAGGCGGAGCUGGGAAAGCAUCGCGCCCCUUCUUUUCCUAGCUGUGUCCUCUGGGUCCACAUGGGGACAGGGAGGCUCCAGAAGGGGAAGGGAGACUGGUCCUACCCACCCAGUUUCCAGCAAAGACACCCUGCCCCCCCCCCCCCCGCUGAGCUCUCUGCCCCUUUCCCGCAAGGACAGGGAAGCUGCCCCAGUCCAGGACCUCGUGGUGCUUGGGCUCCAGCCUCUGAGGAGGGCUGGCCAUGGUCCAGGAGGUAGGGGCCUUGGGCUGGGGUUUCAGUGUCCCCCCAGCCAGGCCCUGCCCAGUGUGGGACCAGUAGGACAAGAAAGAGUUCAGGACCAGGGAAAGGAAGGUGGAUUGGGCUGGCUGGUGCCUGCCAGGGGUGACUCCAUGCCUUGCCUGCCUACCCCAACCACAGCGUUUGUGCCUUGAGCUGAGGAGGCAGACCCUGAGCCCAGAACCCCUGAGGCCGGUGGGGUGGGGUCCAAGACCCUGAGAGAAGGGACAAGAAGAGUUCCAUCUCUGCAUCUCAGGUCUCUCCCAGGGGACAGGAAGACCCUGGUGUCCCUGGGUCCUCACAUUCUGGAGCAGAGAUGAGGUCUGGGACUGGGCCCCUGCUGCCUUCUCACGAUUUGCAAUAGAUGUAAAUAUGACCAAUAAAUCCUUUGGAA